AUGGCGAGCUACGUGGGUUUUCUGUUUGUUUGGCUUGCAACUUUGGCUUCAGUUGGCGUCUUUACAGCGAAGGCACAUAGCAAUGAGACAGGGCAAAGUACCCCUGUCGCCUCUUUAUGGUCCUCUCCAAGCCUCGUCUACCUGUCAACUGCCGCCCAGGUUUCUACAUCUGUGUUGCCAUCCAUAAGCACUUCAGCAUCUCACACAGCAUCUAGUUCCUCAGUGGUACCAUCAGCAUCAGUUACACACACACCCCUACCAACUGUGACGCCUACAACACCCACUGUUACUCCAACUGCCGCCAAGGUUUCUACAUCUGUGUUGCCUUCCAUAAGCACUUCAGCAUCUCACACAGCAUCUAGUUCCUCAGUGGUACCAUCAGCAUCAGUUACACACACACCCCUACCAACUGUGACGCCUACAACACCCACUGUUACUCCAACUGCCGCCCAGGUUUCUACAUCUGUGUUGCCUUCCAUAAGCACUUCAGCAUCUCACACAGCAUCUAGUUCCUCAGUGGUACCAUCAGCAUCAGUUACACACACACCCCUACCAACUGUGACGCCUACAACACCCACUGUUACUCCAACUGCACCAAAUGUGACAACCAUCCCAACAACAGCAUCAACAGAGUCGCCAGCUAAUGGUACAACUUCAAUGCCUACAACUAUUGCUCCAUCACCAACGAAAAAAGGUGAUCACUCCUCUCACAUCUCUCAGCAUGAGCUGGAUGCUCAAAUACGCUACAAGUGGGUCGCUGUCACCUUCUGUCUUCUCUUUGCUGUGGGAUUUGUUGUGAUGACAAUCAUGUUCAUGCGACAGCGGAAAAUGUACCAUGAGAUGGAAGGAGAUGUCUCAUUGGCACGUCUUAUUUAG